AUGCCACCUCAUCCACGCGGCACUUUCAUUCGCUGCCGCCUCGCCGAGCUCGCUGCCCAAACCAGUGAUCUCGAGGCCGAACGCGCCGCUCUUACCGCCGAACUCGACGCGCUCCCCUUCCCCGUACUUGCACUGCCCGCCGAAAUCAUCAGCGCGAUAUUCUACGAGUCGUUGGACCUCGUGGCCGGCCACCCCGUACGGGUUCUCCUUGCGAUCUGCUCAGUAUGUCGCGCUUGGAGGGCCGUGGCUCAUGCGACCCCUGCGCUGUGGACACUCGUCAAAAUCGAUUCUGUGUGGCACAGGCGCCCCGUUACGCUGCUCAAGUUCUGGCUGGCGAAAUCCAAAGAGCUCCCUCUGGAUAUUGGCCUGCGUCUCAGCCGGCGGAAUGACCCGGAAAAUCUCAGGGUAUCCAGGAACGUUCUGAAGACGCUGCUGAUGGUUGCGCAUCGCUGGCGGACUGUUGACGUGUGCUGCGUUCACAAAGGCGGUCCGCUGACACUCCCAGUGAUUGAGAACUUGUGCUGGCCCGCGCAGUUGCCGCUCUUGGAAAUAUUCACGCUCACUGGACUGACAUUCCCCCAGUCCGAACCGCCAAACCCUAUCGGCGAUGCAACUGGUCUCGUGUCACAAGCCCCCCAUCUACGCCAUCUGGAGAUAACCCCAUCUCCAUUCCAAACUCCUGUCGGCGGGCCGGUUCUACUACCAUGGCUUUUUGCUCCGUCGGCACUUUCACAACUCACUGAGUUCUGUAUGGCCCCUUCGAGUUGGGGCGACCUCCUCGAUUUCCUGUCAUGUACUCCCGCGCUGGAGACACUUUCAAUUUACGGGGGCUCAUGCGAUAGGCUCUACAAACGACACCAGCCGACGGUUCUCGUCACGCUCCCGUGUCUCACUACUCUCCACUGCGUUCAAAACAUCGGACACGUUAUCGUCGACAACCUCACACUCCCGGCGCUCCGCAAGUGGGUGACAAAUGUCGCCGGCGUCGUGGAUAAACGCAACACCGGGCGGCUAGCCAACUUUUUGGCGCGCUCGGCCGGCCAGCUCGAGAUACUGACGCUGCUCAACGUGCCGCUCGACUCGGGUGCAGAUGACGGCGUGGUUCGCUCCGAUGGCAUUACGCAGCUGUUCACAUUGCUUCCGACCGUCAAGGAGCUCAAGCUAUCUUAUGCCGCCCUUCGGCCAGACGUGGACGCGUUCUCCCAUUAUUCCCCCUUCGAAUUCGAGAACAUGGGUAGGCGGGAAAUGGCGGGAGAUACCUUACUUCCACUGUUGGAGACACUCCAUCUCGAAGGGCUGCCCCGCGACGACCAGUGGUACCUCGACACACUGGCAAUCUGGCUCCGCAUUCGUGCAAAGCGCUAUGGCGGCGCUAUGACGAUCAAGAGCGUGGAGUUUAGCUGGCGGGAAUUCACGGAACAAGCGUUAUCAGACGAUUUGGCGGAGAUCGAGACGCACGGGAUCAAAGUGAAGGUCCAAAAUAGCAAGCUUGGGUUUGCGAGGUAUACAACGUCAGAGCAGGAUACCAAGGGAGAAUAG